ACAUUUCUGCAGCUUUUCUGUUUAUUUUUCCUCAUUUUGCAGAAUCUUCUUGAGAUUGACUUGUGUUUGUUCGCUGUUUGGUUCAGUUUUCUCGAAUAUUUGGUGUUUUUACUAGAAAAAAAAGUUUACUUGAAACAAUCUGCGGGUACUCGUGAUAAAGUUAAUUUCAUAACUUGUUGAAUAUUUCUGUUCAACUGGAAUCAUGAUGAACCGACUAAACGGAAAUUUGAGCAAAGACGAAGCUAGACGCAGACAGCUGCAAAAAUACGAACUGGAUAAGCAGAAACAUGCUCAAAAAGAGAAAGAGAAACUGGAUAAGAAAAGGGCCGAAAAGUGGAAACGAUAUGAUCACGUUGAUUUGGGAGAAGCUUUACCCAAUUUUGGACAAACUGAAGAUGAGGCGAGAGCAUCGCAACAAUCCACUCACGAUGAUAAAGUCGUCAAUUAUAUUCUUAAACUAGAACGGGAAAAUGCGCGCUUGCGUUCUGAGGAAGAAAAACGAAAACAGAAUUUACAAGAUAAUACAUGUUCAGCGUCGAUUCCAAUUGUUAAUCAUAGUCCACUUCAAGCACAAGGUGCUCGUUCGCCUAUUAGAAGAGUCCCGUUUGAAGCAAAUUCGAUUUCUAAUGCGGCAUCACCGGGAUCUUCGAGAAUUUCGAUUCCUCGCUCGCCGGUUACAAGAGCAUUUUUGGGAGAAAGUUCUGCUAGCGUUCAAAUUCAAAAGUCACCGGAAAUGAAAAUUCCUCGCUCACCGGUUACAAGAGCAUUUUUGGGAGAAAGUUCUGCCAGCGUUCCAAUUCAAAAGUCACCAGAGGUGAAAGUUAAUCAAGAUUCGACACGAACGCGAAACGAAGCAGCAGAUGCUGAAAAAAUUAAAGAGGAACAAUAUAAACGUGAAAUGGAGACUGUACGUGAAAGGAUGCAAAAGUUAUACGCUAAGAAACUGAAAAAAGAUGAUUAAACUAUUACUUAAUCCAAUAUAGGGUCUUUUCUCCUCGUUCGUGGAUGAUUAUUGCAUUUUUAGAUGGAACGAAUUAUUUGUGAUUAUUCGAUACCUUCUUACCAUUCUUAUACUUAUAUUUUUAUUAUUCGUUUAUGAACUCGUUAAAAUUUAAUACUUACGUAGAUACUUUUUUUUUGUUUGUUUCGUGAUUGCUCAAGUUGAGACUGAAUGUUUUUUUAUGGUGUAUUUUAAGAACUAAAUUUUCUCGUUUUAUGUUGAUAUUUUGAAUUUUUGAUUCAUUUUUUUUUUUAUAACUUUGAGUAUAGGUUUUGAAUGUGAUGAAUUUUUAUGAUUUAAAGUGUUCAACAUUUUACGUUUUUUUUUCAAUUUUUAUAUGAUAAAGCGAUUUGGAUUUUGCAUUAACUAUAUUUUUAAGGCGAUGAGCAAAGCUAUAUUAAAUCCAUUUCGAUUA